CUUCCACCAACAUGCACUCCCGCCCUGUCGUGCAUGUGUAAUUCCAAUCCUCAUUCCAACCUACCUCCAUCCAAACUUUGACCUUUGAUUUUGGAUUACAUCGAGUCUCAACCUCUCUGCGCCUCUUUCAAUUGCCAGACCCAUGAGGUGACUGUCGCUCUUUCCCAACAACCACACCCUCGCAAACACGCUUCGCUUGUUGGAUUACGUCGAUGCAGUUCGUGACCCUUACACCACCAUCCCUCCCCGUUCACUCAGCACGGUUGCUAUCAUCAUGACGCGCCUCCGUCGCUACCGGGUUUUUUUGAUUGUCGCCGUCAUUUCCACCUUCACACUAUGGCACCUGAGUCGACUGAGUGACUGGACCGUCUCGACACUAGGAGGAGCUGUCGGUUUCCGACCCAAGCCUGAAGACCUUCCUCCCCCAAUCGACUACACCGAACCCAUACCUCUCCCGAUUCCUGAACCCCAAGAACCACCCGUCAAUGCGCCCACCCCCGUCAUACAUCCUGUGACUCCCACUCCCUCUCCUAAAACACCCGCCGAGUCUCCCUCUACCUCUACCUCUACCUCUCCCUCUCCCUCGCCCUCGCCCUCGCCCGAUCUACGCCCUACAGUGACUGGGGAGGAAUUGCUAGCCAAACCAGACAGCGCCCUCGAUGAUUUUGGUGAACGUGGACAAGGUCGUCUGGAGGUUCAGCCCCGCCCGCAUGAGCAGCCAAAGGCAUACUGGAAGCAACAGGAGGAACAUUUCCCUGUUCCUCCCCGCAGCCUCAAGACAUUACCCACCGCAAAGGCCAAGACUUUGCCCAAGAUUCAAUAUCCCUUUGGAAAGGAGUCGGCCGCAAAAAAGAACGAGAGACAGCGGAGGCAGACCACCAUCCGUGAAUCCUUCAAGCAUGCAUGGUAUGGUUACACCAACUUUUCUCUCGGUCACGACGAGCUCAAGCCCUUGAGCGGAGGUUCCGGUAACCCCUUCAAUGGUUGGGGCGCCACCUUGGUCGACUCGUUGGACACAUUGUGGAUCAUGGGUCUUUAUGAUGAAUUUGAUCGCGCUGUCUCCUUGGUCAAAGACAUUGAUUUCAAAACCUCGACCAGGAAAGACAUUCCACUUUUUGAGACCACCAUCCGUUACCUCGGUGGUCUUCUCGGAGCCUAUGAUAUUAGUAAUGGGAAAUAUCAAAUUCUUCUUACCAAAGCUGUUGAACUUGCCGAGGUUCUCAUGGGAGCAUUCGAUACCCCCAACAGAAUGCCCAUCGGCUACUACAAUUGGGCACCCUCAUACGCAUCGCAGCCUCACCGAGCAAGCACCCAUAUGGUCCUUGCCGAGCUUGGAUCCUUGUCCGUCGAAUUUACCAGACUGGCGCAGAUCACAAAGGAAGACAAAUACUAUGACGCCAUUGCACGGAUCACGGAUGCUCUGGAGAAAUGGCAGAUGAAAACGACUCUCCCUGGGCUGUGGCCAUUGAAACUCGACGCAUCAGGCUGCAAGAAGCCUGAAAUUGUUCGCGACUCUUCUAUUACACAAACAUCUCUUCCAGUCUUCACCGAUGAUGACUCUGUAGGCAAGCAACCCCCAAAAGGGGAAGUGCCCCCAUCUCCACCUUCGCAUAUCGACGAUGAUUCCCCCCACCACAAGCGAGAGGUAUCCGACGAAGCACCUCCCCUCCCUAAAGAGGAGAAGAAGGACGACGAACCUAAGGAAGCACGGGUUGCAAACCCGCUGUCGACUCCAGAUUUUGAUGAAAUUGAUUGCGAGCCACAAGGUCUCAGCACUGAACCCCAUUCUGAUGCCCACCGGUAUGGGAUUGGAGCGCUCGCUGACUCGACCUAUGAGUACCUGCCGAAAGAGUACGCCCUGCUGGGAGGGGUCAAUGACCAAUACAAAACAAUGUAUGAGCAUGCCAUGAAAGUGGUCCGGGAGGAAUUACUCUUCCGGCCUAUGAUCAAGGAAGACCGUGAUAUUCUGUUUGUUUCCAAACAGAGCAUAUCUCCCCGCGAGGAAAUUGAAUCUAAACGGAAGGUGACCAAAUACGAGGGGUCCCACCUCGGUUGUUUCGCCGGCGGCAUGUUUGCCUUGGGGUCCAAGAUGUUUGAUAUCCCCGAGGAUAUGACCCUCGCCAGAAAGCUGACAGAAGGCUGUGUAUGGGCAUAUGAAUCAAUGCCCGUGGGAAUCAUGGCUGAAUCUUUCGAGUUGGUUCCUUGUGAGAGUAUGACGGCCUGUCCAUGGGAUGAGAAGAAGUGGCACAAGGCGCUUGACCCCUAUCUGAACGAACGAUUCAAGGCCGUGGACAACCUCAAUCGAGAACAAGAGCGACUACACGAGGAAGCCCUUGCGAACGCCGCAAAGAAAGCGGAGUUGAGCGAAGCGGAGUUGAGUGAAGCGGAGUUGAGUGAAGCGGAGUUGAGUGAAGCGGAGUUGAGUGGAGCGGAGUUGAGUGAAGCAGAUGAUGAUGCUACUCCCUUCUCCGACAGUGGAACGAAAAGGAAGCGCAAUGCCGAGGGCCAUGCAGAGACUGAACAGAACAGCGAAGCCGAGCUGCCCUCCAGGACCGUGGAUGUUAAAGACGGGGACACUGCUGAAGACACCGAUCAUGAAGUUGUCCCAUCAUUUGUGCCCCGAGUGGCGCUGUCACAUGACAAGUACGUGGCGGCGAGAAUAUCAGAAGAGCGGCUGAGACCAGGUUACACCAACAUCGGCGAACGCGACUAUCGGUUAAGGCCCGAGGCCAUUGAAUCCAUCUUUAUCAUGUACCGCAUUACUGGUGACGAGUCAUGGAUGGAGAAGGGGUGGAAAAUGUUUUUGGCCGUGGACCAGGCCACCAAGUCUGAAGUCGCCCACGCUGUGGUGCGAGACGUCACCAGUCUGCUCAACUACCAAGACGACACCAUGGAGUCGUUCUGGCUUGCCGAGACACUGAAAUAUUAUUAUCUCCUGUUUAGCGAGCCUAGUCUGGUCAGCCUGGAUGAUUAUGUUCUGAAUACUGAAGCACAUCCUUUCAAACGACCUGUGUCCUGAAGGAUUUGGACGAUGAAGGGUAAAAUGGAUUUGGUACCAACAACGGAUUUGGAUGUGGGAGCAUGAUUUGAUAUGUACAAGACCCCAACUAACGGGCAUUGUUGGCGUUGCACAGAAAGUUGCAGAUGACAAUGAUGCCAGGAUAUAUAGAUACUACCAGGCGGAGUCAGCCUAGCAAUUGAAGAUAUUUUUCUCCGACCAGCACACCGCCGAGCCUGGUCUGCAGUGUUCAAUGCGCCGACACGAAUAAGUAAUGUACGCCUUAGAUGUCAGCACGGUAUUUAGACCUGAUGUAGGA